GGACAGCGGAAGGAGAAACCAAAAGCGAGUUGGACUCGCGGGAAAAAUGGCGGAGGUGUGUGGUCUUCCCGUGUUAUGUUCAUCAGCCUGCCAAAAUAUGGCAUCUUAAGUCUCAUCCUGUGCCUGUCAUCGUGCUUAACUGUGUCUUUAUACGUAAAACUCUGGAUUGAGAGGAGGACGCAAGAUGCAAGACGAUUCAAUGCCUUUUUCCACCUCUGCUCGCAUAAAGCGAGUCAACCAUGAAGGAGCCAGUCAAGAAACCCCGGUUGAGCCUUUCCGUUGUGGUCACUGUAAGCUGAUCUUUAAAUCUAAGGUGUACCUCUUUGAGCACCUUAACAAGGUCCACUGCUUUGAUGUAGAUGCUGCUCUCAGAGAGGCUGGGUUAAAAUACCCUGGAACAAAGCAUUUAAAUGAAAAUGAGAGACGGUGUCAGAGGAAAUCAGAAAAUCCCAACGCCACAGGGACUUUAGUCAAUUCUGAAAACCUGCACUCCAGUGACGCUGCAGGAGCAAAACAGACUCCAUCAGUUCCCUCAAUUAUAUCUACCUCAAAAAAUAAAUGCACACUUAACUCACCAAAGGAUUCAAAAAGGCAAUUGCAAACCAUCACCAAGUACUUUACAGGAUUACCUAGAUCAGAUGGGAAACCCCCUGAAAAAUGUUCUGAUAACACCAACAGAACCCUGAUUUUGCAAGGAUCCCCCUCAGCCUCCAGCACAAACAGUAGUGGCGUGUUUAAAGUCACUGCAAAGUCUAUGAUUGAUAUCGCUAAAAAGCCUGACAAUUUUGUGCAAAAUGACCCACUUUUGAUUACAAAACAAAAUGAGCAAUUCAAAGAAAAAGUUUGCAAGAGGAUCAAUAGUGAACGUUCAGAUUGUCAUUCUGCUAAAAAAGUAAAAUCAGAUAUAAAAGAGACAAAGCUCCCAGAGAACAACCAUACACUUAAACAGCAGUUAUCAAGCAGCUCUUCAUUUGAAGUGGGUGAAGAUGAUGAAGAAAAGAACAUUCCUCUUCUUAAUGGAGACAUGGAAAGCCCAACAGUUUAUUUUUGUAAGCACUGUGACUACAAGGAUGUGAGCCUCAGCAGUGUGUCUGCCCAUUAUCAGAGAGACCACCUUUACAUCAGAUGUAAUGCUGCAUACAUUCAGGACUCAAAUGAUCGGAGUGCAACUUUUCGCUGCCUGGAGUGUCCAGUGGAGUUUUCAAGCACAGAUGAACUCAAGAAUCACCACAUGGAAAAUCAUCCAGACUCCCCAGAUGUAUUCCGUAUGAAGUCACAUGAGGUCAAUUUGGUUUUCAAAUGUUUUGUGUGUCCAUUUACCACCAACGUACUGAAGUCCUUGAAAGAACAUUACAAGGAAAAGCACCCAACUUAUGCGGUGGACAAUUCUUUGUUGCACUGCCAGUAUUUGAGAACUGGAUGCCAGGAGGAGUCACCUCAGCUGAACGAAUGUGAAAGAAACCCCAGUCCAGAAACAUCAGGAGAGCGGUCUUCUGAGAGUGCCCGUACACCCUGUAAGAAAGUAAAAAGUUCACCCCAACAUCCCACCUCCAAAGGAACAGAAGUGCCCUCCUAUAAAUGCAACCACUGUACAUUUAGUCAUAAGUCGGUUGUUGUUAUGCAAGUUCACUAUAAAAAAAAACAUCCAGAUGAAGCAUUAUCAAUAGAUAAAAUCAAACAGUCUGCUCAUGUCACCUCACUUGCAACAUCACAGAAGACACCGGAAAAGCCUCCAAAUUUUGUCACCAUAAAUGACUCUAUGUCUCCAAAGAACAACACAGAUUCUUCUCAGAAAACACAAAACAGAGCUAAGCUGUUGGAGCAAUUGAAGACAUCGCUGUCUUUGCUAAAUCCAAAGCACAAAGCUGCAUCUUCUAAUAAUCAUUCGAAGUUACCCAAAACAAAGACAGUGGAAUCUGUGGAGGACAAAACAAAAUCAGGGAUGUCUCCUACAGCUCAAGAACAGGAAACAAAAGUUGAAAGUUCCUUGGUUAAUGUUUAUGCACAUGCUGAAGACUUGUAUUACUGUCAAAAGUGCAACUUUGGAAAUCCAACUAUAUUGGGAGUUUUGACCCAUCAAGCUAAAACUCACCAACCCCAUGAUUCCAACGGUAAACGUGUUAUUAAUUACACAGCUUUGGUUCGAAGUGAAAUUGAAAAAUCCAAGUCUCGUGCUAAGGAGCUCUCAUUUUCUACUGAUUUGCCUCUUCCUAUUAUGAAUGACGAUGAUGAAAAGAUGUUUUUCUGCCAUUUUUGCAACUAUAGACGUAACACUGUGACUGAGGUAAUGAGGCAUUACUCCAGAGCACAUCAGGGAUUUCAGGUUGCGGCAUUGCAAAUCCAUCAGUAUACCUCUAUGGUUCUCAAAAAGACGCAGCAGUCGCAUUCAAAAACAGCUGGAAAUCAAGAAGUCAGGCAGGAAUCAAUUGGAGAAGCAGAAAUUGAACAGAAAACCACCAACUCAGUAUCAGCUUCACACUCAGUGAGAGCUUCACAAACACAAAGGAUCCUACAGUGCUAUAAGUGCCCAUACACUACUCAAUAUGUGUAUCAUUUGAAGAUGCAUUUAAGGGAAGCCCACCAGUUAAAACUCUCUGUCACGGAGGUUUUAAGAGUGGGUUUUAAACAAGGAGCAUUACAGUCUGGCUAUCACUGCGAGUUGUGUGUUUUCACUCAUGAAGAAGCAGCAGAAGUCUAUAAGCACUACCAGGAACAACACCCAGAGCGGACGUCAAGUGUUGAAUUUGUGAGCACUCGGUUAUUUGUUGGGCCCAGCUCAUUCGCUUUUAAAAAGAAGAAACUGAAACGAAAGCAUAUGGAGGUUAGUAGCAAUCCUACCUCUGUAAAAGAAAAUGAUUAUGAUCACGGCAGCAAGAAGGCAAGUGUAACUAGUCAGGCGGAAGAAAUACACGAGUUAUUCGAGUCCUACCAAGUGCCUCUUGAAUUUGAAAAGUCGUUUGUUGAAGCAACAGCAUCUUCCACAAAUUUCAAGUGCCCUUACUGCUCUGCAAGUUUUGAUACACAGCACGGCCUUGACAUUCACUGUGGAAUGAAACACCAAAAAGAUUCAAGUGGAAAUUCUGAAGAAAAUCAAAAACAAGAGCAAGACUCACAGCGUUUGCACGUCUUUAAGUGCCCACACUGUACCUACGUCAAUACCUCUUUUCAAGGAGUUCACUCUCACAGCCACAUGAAGCAUCCUGACCUUACAUGCAGGGCCGACAGUCUUCAUGUGCAUUUGCAAAACUGCAAUGUCAACUGGUCAACUAAUGGUCCUGGUGAUACACUAAAGUUUAGUGGGCACAUGUGUGAAGCCUGCCCACACAUAUGUGCAACACUUGCCAAGCUGAAAAGACACUUCAAGAAGGAACAUAAUGAGACUGAAGCGAGCAAUAUGCCAAGUACAUUCAAACCAGCUCCUAAACUGUUGUCUCUAACUAAAGUACAAAUAUCUAAGGCUGCCAGAACUCAGGGAUCCAUAUCAAAGGCUUCUUUCCUAAGUAAGAAUAAAUACGUCAGGAUUAGAUGCCCACACUGUCCUUAUGUAUGCAGAACAACAACUGCUCUCAGCCAACACUUGCGUGUUCACGACAGGGCGAUUUCAAAAGAUGGUGUAUUCAAGUGCGUCCUGUGUUCCAAUUCCUAUUUCAAGAAAGUGAGUCUUGCAGGCCAUUACGUAGGGAAGCAUGGAAAGGACGCCUACUUAAAACACUUUGUACCAAUCCACAAGCAGACUCCCAAGAACCCAGCAGCAACGUCUCCUGACGAAUCAUUAACUCAGCAAUCACAAAACACCCUCGAGUCAUGUCAAUCCAGCAGAACAACCACAGCAGACAAUAAAAUAUUAGUCUACAGAUGUCCACGUUGUCCCUAUGUGAAUGCCAGCCACCACGGAACUCUCACUCACUGCCAAAUGAAGCAUCCAGCGCUUGGAGCCAGGGCGGAUAAACUUAAGACAACUGAAAUAUUUGCAGCCAACAUGUUUGGGUGUAAAAUGGGGAAAGGCUGUAAUGAAAGAGGAUACAUGUGUAAAAAAUGCCCCAAAGUAUAUGCAUCACUUGUAAAACUGAGAUCCCACUAUGAGAGGGGACAUGAUGAAAAAUCAGUUUCUGAGCAUUCAGCUGAAACUAAAAACCAACCUGUCCUCAGCUGUCAGGGCUCUGUAUCUGAGGGUGCUAGUUUAAAUAACAAAGCGUCAGAAGUAAGCAUCACAGACACUGAACUGCAAGCUCCGAAGUCAUCUCAAUCAAACUCACUGCUAGUACACAAUAAGGGAUCAUUGUACAAGUGCCACAUGUGUGAUUAUAAAGGAUCAUGUAGGAAAUACCUGUAUAGUCACUAUAAAAAGGCUCACAAGCUGGAUGGACUUAACACUUCCAAGCUGCUACAGAAGUACAACAAAUGUAAAUACAAAAAGGCCUACAACCUGCCUGCAUACGAAGGACGUGCAAAUCUCCAAUGUAAAAUGUGUCGACAUUUGUCGUUUGACUCGUCUCAGCUGCUUAUUGACCACUAUUGCACUUUUCAUUGCUCAGAUUUCAGAUCAGACUUUACAGUAUUAUCACUAGGAUUUAAGUACAAAAGCACAGGCUGUUACAAAUGUGCCCGCUGCAACAAACAGUUAAAUGGAAUUAAAAAGCUCUGCCUUCACCUGGAUCAGCACAGACAAACGAUGAAGAAGGAAGCUGCAAAGGGAAAGGCAUCCUUUGUCAUUACUACAACACCAGAAUGCGAAAACAUCCAACUCAACAGGCAAGAUGAGCUGCCCAGUUUAGAGGCUGUGGAGGAGGUCACCAAGCUGAACUUGACACCAGUAGAGACCUCCUCUUUGCCAACAAGUCCUGUGCCAUCACCCUCAACUUUUGAGGACGCAGGGCAGGCAAAGUUAGAAACAGCAGGAGUCAAAAACACUUGUAAACAGUGCGGGCGGACAUUUAUGUCGCUGGAAGGUUUGCGAUCACAUGAGCGCAGCCAUGCAGCUCUGGCAGCCAUCAAGAAACUGGAGAAUGUGCCUGCAUCAACACUAAAGAACAACUUUUCCAAAUACGUUUCCUACAAACCUUGGACUACCAGGCCUUUUCUGUGCAAUUUUUGUACUUAUCGGACGACUGUCCUUGGCCUGUGUUGGAGACAUUUUAUCAAAAAACAUCCAGAUGUCGAUGUGACUGAUGAGACUGGUGACAAAGAUGAAGACGGGGCACAGACGACUGACAAAAUGCCUGAACACUUUGCUGAACUUGAUGAAGAUCCUGAAUUGACUGAAAAGUCGUUUUACUCGGAGCCCCCGAAUGUGCAACGGCAAUUGAACCACUACAACUUAAUGGCGCAGAAUAGAGACAACUCUAAGGCAAAUGUACAAGAAUCACCAUAUUCUGACAACAGGCUGCUUCACUGUGAGUUCUGCAGUUUCAACACUGGACACCUGUCUAGUAUGCGACGGCACUACCUGAACCGCCAUGGAAAGAAGAUGUUCAGGUGCAAAGACUGUGACUUUUUCACUGGUUUAAGGAAAACCCUGGAAAUGCACAUAGUCACCGGUCACUCUACCUGCCAUUCACAACCUACUCACGUGAAAGACCUCCACUGCCCUUUCUGCCUUUACCAGACCAAGAACAAGAACAACAUGAUCGAUCACAUCGUCCUGCAUCGGGAGGAACGUGUUGUGCCUAUAGAGGUGCGUCGUGCAAAGCUGUCACGUUACCUUCAAGGCAUCGUCUUCCGCUGUCACAAAUGCACUUUCACAAGUGGCAGCAAUGAAAACCUGCGUUUACACAUGACAAGGCACGAUGACAUCAAACCUUACAAGUGUCGACUCUGCUAUUUCGACUGCACCCAGCUGAGUGACUUGGAGGGACACCUGAGUGAUAAGCAUCAGGUUGUGAGAAAUCAUGAGCUUGUGGGUCAGGUGAGCAUUGAUCAGCUGGAGGCAAGGGAUGGUAGGACGCCACAGAGGGAAGAGGAACCUCUGUGUAAAUUUGAGAACCACCACAAUGACAGCAAAGAUGGAGAAACUGAGGAGUUCAUGGUUGCAGACUGCAGCGAUGUUCCACAAGCUGAGAACCCAGCGGAAAAUAGCACUGCAGGGAAAAUGACACCUCAGAUCAAUGAAGCUCAUCACAGCUCAUCACACACACAGUAUGAGAAUUUAAAACCAAAACCUACUGUCCAGAAGACGGAAGAGCAUUUUAAGGUCCUGGAGCAAAGGAAACUGCACAUCGAGGAAAAGGUAGAAGAGAACAUACUGCGUCACAUCCGUUUUUUGGAUGAUGAUGGCAGCAUAAACAACACGCCCAAGAAAACAGAUGAGGCAAUAACAGUGAAGAUAGAGCAGGACAUUGAGGCUAUAGAUAAUAAUCAUGUCCUUUCUUUAGAGGGUAGCACCAGUUUGACCGAGACCCCCCAGAAAACGGUAAAUAAACAGGCCACCUGUGCCUUAGCAAAAAUAAACCAUUCACAGGGUAACAACAGAGCUGAAAAGAGUUUUGCAAUCGAAAGGCAUUUUCUAAUACUUUCUCCUAACCGUGUGCAACUUAAGUUAAGCCAUAAGGAGAAUUUAGAUAUCUCCGUUGCAAACUGCAAGCAAGAACAAUUGCACAACCAGCAAAACUGUGAAGAGCCACCGGAUCUUUACGGAGAAAUGCCAAUACUUGAGAAUGAAUAUCUCAAGGAGAAAAUGGACACUCUCAGAUGUUGCAAGGAGGAAGAAGGGAGCGAUGACACUGAGAGGGAAGCUGGGAUGAUCGUAGGAGGCAAAGAGAAUAGAUGCAGUGAUCAGGACAGUCCACAUUUGCUCAGAGAUGAGAGAACUGGUCAUCAUAGCCAUAAGGAGCACAACAACCUUCAGAAUUGCAAAAUAUACAACACAUUUACAAAAGGUGACUUGUGGUUGGUAAAAGUGGUAAGUGAUAGUACACAUUGUUGUGUACCUGCAGAUGUAUGUUCAGUGUCCAUAGGAUAGACUAUUGUUAGUUGAUGAGUCAAACUGUCCUUCAGUCUUUCAGUGCUUGCUGCCAGACGUGGGGUGGCCAUGGUUCCUGAUUAUGCUGUUUGCCUUCCAUAUACAGUGUUUCUCAGAAAUGCCCUGAAUGAAUGGUGUGGUGAACUGUUCCCAGUGGUGGAGGUGUACAAUCACCCUCUGUAGUGCUCUCAGGCUUUGACUGGAACAGUUCCUGUACCAUGCAGUGAUGCAGCCAUGCAGAAAUUAAGCCUCUGCCGAGCUUUCCUGACCAGUGUCGGUGUGUAGUGACCAGGCCAAGUCAUCUAUGCUGUGCACACUGAGGAGUGUGGAUAGGCGAGCGUCUGCUUCCCUGUUGCCUCCUGUAGUACACCACCACCAUCUCUUUAGCUUUGCUGACAUUCAGGGAGAGGCUGUUGUCUUGGCGCCAACUGGUCAGUGCUUUUAUCUCCUCUUUGUCUGUGGUCUCAUCACGGAGGACCGUGGACUAAGAGACCAGUUUUGAGGGGUUGAUGGUGUUGAAUGCUGAGCCAAUGAAGAGCAUUCUCACAUACAUGUUUUUAGGGCUGUUUAACAACAAUUAGGUUACAGUCUGAAUUGGAAAUGGUGUGUUACACCAGCCCAAACUAAUUAAUUUUUUUC